GGGAGCCCAAGAGCCGCUGUCCUCGCUAGUUUGCAUCGGUGACCCAGGCAACAACAAGCCGCAAAGGCGCAUCAAGCCGAGGAGGGCGAGCGAGGAGACCCCCGAGGCAGAAGAUGCCGCGCUGCGCUCGCUGGCCGGGGCGACGCUCCGCUUCUCCCAAGGGCCAGCAGUAGCCCCUUUCAAAGAGCCACGGGAGAAGCCGCGACUGGGCUGCUUCCUCCUCUGCCUCCGUCUCCCUCGAAGGAAGAAGCAGCUCAAGGGCCGCGAUGGCGGUGCAAGCGGCGACCCUCAACCCUCACCACCACCAUUUCAUCCCCUUUUGCUUCCCGGCGGCGGCGGCGGGGCUUGGCGACUUCGUGGACCUGGAGAAGGGCUACGAGGACGGGGGGUCCCUUCUGCUAGGAGGCGGCGGCGGCGGAGGAGGCGGCGGCGGCGACCCCGGGGAUUUCAAGGAAGCCACCCGAGACCUGCUGAGCUUUAUCGACUCGGCGUCCAGCAACAUCAAGCUGGCGCUGGACAAGCCGGUGAAAUCCAAGCGGAAAGUCAACCACCGGAAAUACCUGCAGAAGCAGAUCAAGCGCUGCACCGGCAUGAUCGGGGCCGGCGGAGGGGCAGUGCCCGCCACUGCCGCGCCCGGAGGCCAGGAGGCGCCCAACGCGAGUCAUCCCCUUCAGACGAAUCCUAGCAAGCGGACUUCGGCGGCGGCGGCGGCAGCAGUAGCAACGCCGGCCGGCGGCGCUCCGGCGUCCGCGUCGCCCCCCAGCGUCCUCCCGGCGCACUGCAAGCCGCCGGCCAAGCGCGAAGCCAGCACGCUACAGAGCAAGAGCUUAGCGGCCCUCUUCGACUCCCUGCGGCCGUCGUCCGGCUUCGAUCCCGUGGCGGGCGUCCCCGUCGGGGCGGCCGGGCAGGACGCGGGCCCGGGCCCCUCUGCUGCCGGGGGCGGCGGCGCUGGGGGCGCCAAGAAGGUGCCGCUGAGGCACCGCAACUUGCCCCCGUCCUUCUUCACCGAGCCGGCCCCUAGUCGCGGCGUCGCCGGUGCAGCAGCAGCGCCGAGCACCGGCCUGAAGGAGCCCGGAGGGUCCGGCCCGGAGGAGCUCUUCGAUCUGCUGGCCGCUCCCGAUUACAGCACCCUGCUCCCGCAGCAGCAAGACCCGCCCGCUUUCCAGAGCAGCCGCCUGCAGGCUUCGGAUCUGGGCUUGGAACCGGCCCUCUACGAGCCCCUCCACCCGCUGCCCCACUUGCUGUACCCCGAGCCCCCCUUGCGCUCCCUCCCGGCCCUCUACCCCGGCGUCUCGGAGCCCGCGGCCGCGGCGGCGGAGAACAGCCCGGGGGCGGCUCACUUGGCGGCGGCCUUCGCGCCUUUCUUCCCCGACUGCCCCCUCCCGCCUCCGCCUGCGAUGGCCUGUGACUAUGCCCCGGGGUACAGCCGCGGGGUGCCUUAUUCCAGCCUUUAGGGCGGCAGCGGGGGGAGGAGGUGGGGUUGCGUUUUGGAGGGGGGUGGAUAGAAGCGGCAGAUCCCACAUGGGAGCGGGUGGCAGUUUGGGAGGGGUCCGCCCUGGCCCUUGCAGUUCAGUGGGCCCCUAAAAUGCAGCGAAUAGGGGAGUGUGUGCCUGUGCAAGGGAGCGCUAGAGAGAAGGACGCUGGAAGGAUCAUGGCCAUCGGGAUGCCCCGAUUCCCCCUCGGAGGCCAUUGGAGACCCCUAGGGCAUCUCAACAGCACAGACUGGUGGGCUCACACUCAUUUCUACUCAGGGGCGCUUUCCAGAUUAAACCCUACAGCAGGGGUAAAAUGCUUCGGCCCAGAAUCUCAGUCUCAAACUUCUACAAGGGGAAAAUACAGUGGCUUUUUUGCGACGUACCUGCAACGUUGUAGCACGAUAUAAUGCAAAGAUAAAAUCGGAAAGAAGACCUCAGGAAUGUGAACGGCAUCUUGCUGUCAGCGCUGGGUUUGCGGUGUCCCAACACAGGAAGUACGGAGGCACACUUAGCAGAUCCGUAGUAGUGACACUGCUGUAGGUUUUAAUCUGGAAAGCGCCUUGGAGAGGGCCUUCUGCCGUUCGGUGAAGGAGGCUAGAGGUCACGGUGAGGCUCCUUAGCUCCCUUAUUAAACAAUUCCCAGGGUUUCUGGGGAGCAACCAUCACACUCACAUGAGCGUGCAACCAGCAUAAGGUUGUUCUGUCUGUUCCUAACCUCCCAAGUGUCCAAAUAACCAUAGAAAUGCAUGAAAUCAAGGAUGAUUGCUGUCUUAUAGAAUGACCUUUAGGGACCUAUUGGCAUGGAAGAAUAACUGGGGGGGGGGGGCUGGGGUGGUGGGUUUGUGACAUUUAACCAACUUGGUGCCAUAUAGAUUGGUUUCUAUUUUGUCAUUUUCUCUGGAAAACCAACACAGAAGAGAACAGAGCUUAAUUAUUGGUGCAGUUCUAAAUGAAAAGGUGCUUCGAUCCCGCUUCUUCUUGUCUACACGUAUUGGCUUUAGAUCCUGAUGAGAAGCUCACUUGAGUUGAAGGGCAGUGAGGUGACGCUCUUUCCAGAAGUUAAAAGAACCUGCCCCACAAAAGGACCACCCACCGCCCUGAAUAUUUAGCAGUUGAAUUACUGGUCUGGAAUCUGUGUUUGAGGUGGAAUUGUAUUGCUGUGUUGUUGCAUUCAAGGUUGCAAGAUGGAGACAUUAAGAAGUAGGGUGUGUGAACCAGAGUGGCAGGGAUCCAGAAUAAGGAAUGCUCCAUGUGUUUUACGAGGGUGCAGAAUUCUAGAAACGAAAGAAAUGCUAUGAUGUUUUGGAAUGAACAUUUCUUUAAAGAGAUCCAGUAAUCUUGUUCCCACAUCAUGUGCAGAAGGAAUGGUCUUCUGUCGCAUGGCACAUUCAUCCUAGGAACUUAAUUUGCGCUAACAGUUUUUUCUCCCAGGGGCUCAAGGCUCUUCUGAAUGCCAGAAAUCAAACCCGGAACACGUGACGGUGUCAUAGAGUGUCUUUGAGCGUUUCCAGAGUGCUUUCCCCUAUAUUUCUGAGUAACCAUCCCCAGUAAAACAUCUGAGAUUGUGGAGCUCCAUCAUCUCCCUGCUAAAUGGGAGAUCAGAGCUGUUACUAUCUGUUAGGCCAGGGUUCCCAGCUUUGAGGCCCCAGAACAUCUUGUGUCACAAUUCCCAUCAUCCCCAGCCACAAUGGCAAAAAGUCAUUGUGGGUAAGGAUGAUGGGAGUUGUAGUCCAACAACUUCUGGAGACUAGGUUAAGAAGCCCUGUGUUGAGUAAUUUAUGAACAUUCAUCUCCCUGCCCCCCACCAAAAGCAGCCAUGUCUGCAUGUGAUUGGAGAGAUCUGUGUCCUGAAAUCUCUGUUCAUGGAUCCCCCCUGGCUGGGUCAUGCCACCUGAUUACAGAUCUCCAAAGAUCUGGUUUGACGCUCACUUGAAAUCAGUGGGAAGAGUUUGAAUCUGGUUUAUAACACUCUUAGAUUCUUAGAGUCAGACCAGACAUGAAUAUGUAGAGUAUCUCUCCUGUUCAUGCCAUCAUAGAAUUAUAGAGCGGGAAGGGACCUUAGAGGUCUUCUCAUCCAAUCCCCUGCACAGUGGCGGAAACUGCUAUAGCACCUCUGACGGAUGGCUGUUUGGAAACUCUGUUUGGAAACCCCCGGUAAAGGAGAGCCCACCACUACAUGUGGCAGACUGUUUCACUGCAUGUGGCAGACUGUUCCACUGGUGAAUAACUUUCACAACUAGGAAAUUCUUCCUAAUAUCUAGCUUAAAUCUGCUUCUUUGAAAUGUCAACCCAUCGCUUCUCGUCCAGUCCUUGGGACAAUCGUUCCCAACCAAGGUUCCUCCAGAUGUUGCCAUCAACCCCAGCCACAAUGAAUUGUAGCUGGGAAUGAUGGGAGUUGUAGUUCAGCAACAUCUGGAGGAAGCCUGGUUUGGAACCACUGCCUUAGGAGCAACAUAGAAUAGGUAUUUGAAGACAGCUAUAAUAUCCCCUUUAGUCUUUUCUAGGCUCAACAUACCCAUUUCGUCCAACCGUUCCUCAUAGGUUUUGGUUUCCAGACCCUCUCACCAUCUUUGUUGUCCCCCUCUUAGCCUGUUCCAGUUUAUCAAUGUCUUUCUUAAAAAUGCAGGGCCCCAGAAUUGGACAGGGUGGCUGACAUGAUGAGGGAAAUUACUCAAAGUAGUCCCAUGGAAAUUAAAGGAACAAGUUAAGCAAUGCCUAACUUGUCCUUUUCGUUUCAGUGGGACUUCUUCAUCAUGCCAGCCAGUAUUUCAAGUGAAGCCUGAGCAGUGCAGAAUAGCAUGGAAUGAUUACUUCUCAUGAUCUGGACAUUAAUGCAACCUAAGAUUGCAUUCGCUUUUUAAGCAGCGGCAUCACAUUGCUGGCUCUUAUUCAACACCUAACCCUUUUCAGGUAUACUGCUGCCCUGCCACUCCUCCCUGCCCUGUACUUGUGCAUUUGAUUUUUCUUACCCAAAUGCAGAACUUUACUUUUGUCUCUGCUGAACUUCAUCUUGUUGGUUUGGGGAACAACAUUUUAAGUCAAUUUGGCUGCGUAUGCAGUGUGGUUUGGAAGCUAGUGUGGACUCACUUGAUCUCUCCACGAGGCUGUUCUUACGAUCAGCCAAAACCGGACUAAGGAAGCCAAGCUCUGUCUCGGCUGAUCGUAAGAGCUGCCCGGAUAGUGCCCUAUCCCAGCAGUGCUUUGGCGGCAAACCCGCCAAAGAGGCCAGCUUCUUAAAUGGAGAUAAGGCAGUGAGGCUCCUUUAGGCCCGUUUUUCCGAUCAUCCGCCAGCAACUGUGGGGCUUCCGUUCGUCGCUGGGGGCGUUUAAAAAACAACAACCCAGAACGCACCUUGCACUCAUAUGGUGCAUCAUGGAAUUUCCAGGGGUCAGGUUGAUGUGUCCUGACCCCCAACCCUUUGCAUUGCCUGGGGUAGCGGAGGAUCAUCUAGGUGCACGAUCCUCGAUGGAUCCAGCUCCUUCGAUGGAUCAUCUGUGGGGAACGUAAGGUUUGUGCAUCUUCCUCCCCACCCGCCAAGCCCUUCUCAUGGACCACCAGAAAGGGCUCUGUGUGGCAGACGUAUUUGCUGCACAGUUAGAGAACUGGUGUUGCGUAGUAGUGAAGAGACUACGAACCCAAACUUCCCUGGUUCGAAUCCUGCCUCUGCUAUCAGCUCAAUUGAUGGCCUCUGGCAAGCCGCGCUCUCUCAGCUUCAGUAUGAGGAGGAGGAGGAGGAGAAUAAUAAUGAUAAUAAUAAUAAUUAUUAUUGAAAGGCUGUGGCAGAAGAAGACCAAAAUAAUCCCAGGGGUAACUGGCGCCCUAGGUUCAAUUCCAAAACAACUUGAAGAGCACCUUAACACCAUAGGGGCCACAGAAAUCACCAUCAGCCAAUUACAAAAAGCAACUUUACUGGGAACAGCCUAUAUUCUACGACGAUAUCUAUAGUGACAACAGCAACAAUAUUGACAAUAAAAUUCAGCCGCCCCAGGCCCUUGGGAAAGACUCGAUGUCUGGAUAAAACAAACCAGUCAAUAACACCUGUCUGACUGUGUUAAUAAUAAUAAUAAUAAUAAUAAUAAUAAUAAUAGGACUUCUGUUGGAAUUUUUCGUAUUUUUUUUUGGUUAAGCGACGUUUCUUCCAGUAGCUUUGCUGUCUUCAGCCCUGGUUGCUCAACUGAAGAUCCUGAGUCCUGUAGCCCACUUGCCACCAGAUGUCCAGGGACUAUAGCACCUGGCGCGGUCCUUGUUGACCAGGGUGACGACCGAUCCGGUAUAGAUUUAUUAAAGUUACAUCUCACCAUAUUGUUGAUGGGAGAGGCACUCUUUGUCUGGCUUCUCUGGUGAGACCUGUCCAGUAUGGUUGGACCUCUGGCAUAGCUUUUACCUUCCUCAGAGCACGCAAGCCCCACAAACACGCCAAGGUAGUGCCUCACUGGGGGCUUCUGUAAAGGUUACAGCAAGAUAAUUAAUAUGCAGUGCACAGAACACUCCAGAAGCACGAUAUAAAUGCUAAGGAUUAUUGCCUUACACAAGUUGGUUAUUUUGUCUUUUCUUGGAGGCCACAAAUAACUCACAUCGGUACAAGUGAUUGAGCAGGCUCCUGAGCAUUUUUGUGGCGCGGCAACCCUCAUGGAUUUAGUCCCUAACUGCGUGUGGUGCUGGGAAGCCGUGACUGUAUCUUCCAACAUUUUUGCUUUUAUUUUAAAAGCAGCCAUGGGUCUGGACCUAUAGUCCCCCCCCUACCCCACUUGGGGUUAACAACAGCUUCAGCAUGUGUGCAUGAUUUAUUUGGAAAUAAAGCACAGAAGGAAAGGGUUAAAUCUCUUCUAUCGAAAUAAGAGCCCCCCCCCCUUUGCUGCUUUUAAAGUAAAACUAAAAAUGUUGGGAAGAUCCUAUCACAAUAUGGAUGAGAGCAUUUGCCCCAUUCAGUUCCUUUAUUGAGAAAUGUAGAUUUGGAGAAUUGUGGAACCUAAUCACAAGUUCACAUGUCCUUUGAGUCUCAGAGCCUGUCUAAACCUUACAUCAGACAGAGCCAUAGAAUCCUGUACUGUACCACUUCAGACAGCAGGUGGGGGAGGAGAUUGCAUUUUUUCAUUGCUCCUCCAUGUUAAAAACAACCCAGACCUCCCUGCAUGUGAUACAAUAGUACACCAGCAAGUUUUUAUUGUAGUCCUUUCCUGAUAUCCUAGUGCUACAACAUGUAGGGAGUUCUAUAAAAGGAGCCUUGAAAAAUAUGAGCCCCCCACCUGCCAUCUGAUGUGGUACAGUCCAGAAUUCUGCCACUUCAUUCUGCAUCAUAUGCGGAUUGACUCUUAGCGUGCACAGUGGCGUACAUCUAUUGGAUGCUCAAGUCCUGUCAUGGCGAAGGUGGCUUUCAAUGUAGUAAAAGUUGUGCCGUCGAGUUGGUGUCGACUCCUGGUGACCUCAGAGCCCUGUGGUUGUCUUUGGUAGAAUACAGGAGGUGUUUACCAUUGCCUCUUCCCGCACAGUCUGAGAUUAUGCCUGUCAGCAUCUUCCUAUAUUGCUGCUGCCCAAUAUAGGUGUUUCCCAUAGUCUGGGAAAUAUACCAGGGGGAUUCGAACCAGCAACCUCUUGCUCCCUAGGCAAGUUACUUCCUCGCUGCACCAUUAGGUGGCUUCUGCCAUAUACAAUAGAUUAUAAUAUAAAAAGGAGGGAAAUUUCUAUCAUAAUUGUGAUAGGGAGCAGAUAUACAUGGUUUCAGUUCUUCAUGUUUCAUAAUACUGUAAGCCUGGCACAUUUUCAAACAGGUGAAGCCUAGGGUUCUCAGAUUAGGGUCACCACAUGUUGUUGGACUACAACUCCCAUCAUCCACAGUGCCCCAAAGGGAUUGUAGCUGAGGAUGAUGGGAAUUACAAGCUGACAACAUCUGUGGGGACUCAAUAUUGACAACCCCUGGGUUAAGCUAUUCAAACCUUUCUGGGAAGUUAUGGAGCAGGUCUUGCAUGUAUUUUACAACUGGUCAUCAAACUACAAUUGAUUUCACAAAUGCCGUGUUUGACUUCUGAUGAUCUGUUAGCUUGACAGGUUUAAAUAUUUCCCACCACUUCUUUAUUCACUCUAGGAGUUGUAUUUAGUUUCCUGUGUUUGGUGUCCAGAUAGAGCCAGAGGUCUGAUUUCCCCCCAUUGAUGGCUGCUUCUUCCCUGAUUCUCCUACAGUCUGUCUGCUAUUGGGGGAUCAUUCCAACUGCAGAUGCCACAGGAAGCCCUCCUUCUGCACCACUGUCGUGAAGGUUAACAGGAACAGUCUGGCAGGCAUCUCUCUCCAUUGAAAUGCAUGGCACGGAAGCUCCCAUUCAUUCCAACAGAGCUGGCGCUGGGGAAAUUCCUCCUGGAUCACACCCAGUGUGUCUUGCAUGGCGCCACGGAACCUGGAGAACUUGGUUCACCAGAAAGAUGACAAAAUGUGCCUGAGACAAUUGGCUGCCCUUUUAUUUAUUUAUUGUCUUCUAAAAGUGCAGGGUAUUGAGGAGAACUUCACGGUAAAGAAAGGCUCCUGUUUUCUGCUUGCUUCGUGGAAGUCAAAUCAAUGUGACCAGGUCACAGCAAAAGACCUAGAAUUGUUUAGUAGGGGUCGGAUGCGGAAUGCAUGGAAAUGACCCGGUGUCCCACGAAUGGACAUCCCAUGACUGAAGUUUUGGAGAAAGUGUGGCUCUGGGGUUGUAAUGGAGGUGUGAUAUUUGGUGAGUCAACCACGGGGAGCUGGGGAAAGGGUGGAGCUUGCUCUGGCUUCCAUCUUGGAAGUCCAUUCUGUGGCAUUCCACUCCACUUUCUUGUGAUGGCCAGCAGAAUUCUUAAGUGAAAAGGUGGUAGGAAAUCCAUUCUUUCAUGCCAUUUGUAGACAGGGUCAGAGGUGGGCACCCUCUGGGACCACCCAUAAAGUACGUUAUACUUCAGGCGUGGAUGAGAAGUUAAGAGUUGUAAUAAGUGAGGAACUGGGUGUUGGUUAAAACAGGGCAACCUUGAACAAGUGACAAAGACCUUAAACUAACACACUUUAGGAACCUAGGAAGCAGUCUUAUAUAUCAAGUUAGACCAUUGGUCUAUCUAGCGCAAUAUUGUCUGCAUUGACUGGCAGAAACUCUCCAAUGAUACAGGAGUCUUUCCCGGCCCUACCUGGAGAUGCCAUGGAUUGAAACUGGGACCUUCCGCAUGCAAAGAAGAUGCUCAGCCACUGAGUUAUGGCCCCAUCCCUUAAGGGGGAAUACCUUACAGUAGACAACACUCACAUGGGGUUACCCAUCCAAAUGCAAACCAAGGCAAAUCCUAUGUAGCAAAGGGGACAAUUCAUGUUCACUGCCACAAGACCGGCUCUCCACAGUAUUCACUUUGUGGAUGGCCUCUCAGACUGACACUGCAUGUUUCUGUCAAGAUGCAUCCAGCCAGUUCAAUAGAACCUUGUGUUCCAUGCAUUGACCUCUCUUGCUGUAUUGGGGUACGUGAAUCUAAUUUUUAUACAACGCACGGACAGUUGGGAUUUUUCCAGGGAGAUAACAGUUCAUGGUACUGAGUGUUUCUCUUCAGUACAAACUGAAGAAAAGCACAGCCUCAUUUAUCCAAGAGUGGCUUCCUAGUACCCCCUCUAAAUUAUGGCUGUAGCUUAAGGACAUAAAAGCAGCCCUGCUGGAUCAGGCCCAAGGCCUGUCUAGUUCAGCAACCUGUUUCCCACAGUGGCCCACCAGAUGCCUCUGAGAAGCCCACAGGCAAGAGGUGGAUGAAGGCAUGACUUUUCUCCUGCUGUUGCUCCCCUGCAACUGGUAUUCAGUGGCAUCUUGCCUCUGAGACUGGAGGUGGCCUAUAGGCACCAGACGAGUAGAUACUGAUAGACCUGUCCUCCAUGAAUUUGUCUAAGCCUCUUUUAAAGCUAUCCAAGUUAGUGGCCAUCACCACAUCCCAUGGCAGAGAAUUCUGCUUCCCACCUCUUUUGUCCUGGUUACAUUCCCGUGCAUUGGAAAACCAAGAACUAUGUAAUUCCUUUGAGUAUGGUUUUUACAGCAUGAAAUACUGCCAUGGUUAUAUUGUUCCUUAGAUCCACAUUAUUGUUUAGCUGUAAGCCAGUGCAGUGGAUAGAUGUGUCUGACACUAGCCUGUUAUGACGGGGGUUGUUUCUCUAAAGCAGCCGUGACUAAUUGUAUGUGACUUCUAUUUUUAAGUGACUCCCUGCUCCACGUCUCAGUUCUUUCAAUGUAAAUUCUUUUCCCACUCUUGUGCUGGCCAGGAUUUCCAUUGGAGGACGCAAAGGAGGGACCACUGCUUCUAAUUCUGCAAAACAGCAGAUCUACUCACACAUAUUGUUACUAAAUCCUGGGGCCUUGCUCCUUGGACAGCUUGCUCAAGAGUAGACCUUUUAGUGUCAACUAGUAUUUAACAAUGUAUCAGAGGAUACUGCAAACAAUAAUACUGAGUCAAGUGCAUCAACCGAACUGCAAAACGGGACGAAGGAAACGACUAUUUGUGCUGGUGAUAAAAUGUCCACCAACUCUUUUCAACUUCUUUCAUGAACAUGUCAAAGCAUUGAAAGAAAUGCCAUUGAGUUCAUCUUGUGUACAAAAUAUAAUUUGAUAAUUAAGUUAUGUUAAUUAAAGUCUUCAACAAAUCAUAACAUUCUAA